AUGGCCUUCAACCACCACACCACUACUGCCUUCCAUCAUCACUCCUCCUCCACCUCCAUCGCCAUCGCCACCACUACUUCUACCAUAUCCACCUCCACCAACCUCUACCACUGCCAUCGCCUUUCACCAUCACCGCUACCUCCACUGUCUUCCACCACCACCACCACCACCACCACCAUCGUCAUCUCCACUGCUUUCCACCACAACCACACCACUACCAUUGUCACAACCUUCUACCGCUAUCACCUACACCACAGACGCUUUCCACUAUUGCUUCCACCACCGCCAUUGUCAUUGCCUUCCAACAACACCACUAUUGCCUUUUGCCACCACCACCACCGCCGCCUUCUAAUACCACCACCGCUUCCACCUUCACCACUAUCUACUAUCGCUGUUAUUUCUUUUAAAAAAAUUAUCGUCACCACUACCACCAUUGUCACCACCAUCACUUCUAUCGCCACCACUACCGCCUUCCACCACUAUCACUUCCACCACCACCACCACUGUUUUGGCCUUCCACCACCAUACCACCACUACAUCCACUGCCUUCCAUCACCACCGCCUCCUCCAUUGCCACCGCCACCACUACUUCCACCAUAG